AUGGCCUUUAGGGACACUCUGGCUCUAGAAAUGGCUAAACAUAUUCACAGAGUAAAUCAUUCCUACAAGAAGUCAGUUCCUCUACCUGAAUAUGUGCCCAAGAUCAGGGGCUAUGACUUCAAUCAGGGAGUGGACCACAGAGCCCUGCUGCAGACCUACAUCAGCACAGGCUUCCAAGCCACCAGGGUGGGUUUGGCCAUCAACGAGAUCAACACCAUGAUUGAAAAGCGGCAACAAUCACUGCAGGUGAACAGAACUAGUGAGGAAGAUCCUUCAACUUGUCCGUGCCUCCAGAGCUUCACAAUAUUCCUCGGCUGCACGGCCAACAUCAUCACCUGUGGAGUCAGAGAGACCAUCCGCUACCUUGCUGAACACAGAAUGGUGGAUGUCUUUGUGAUGGCAGCAGGAGGUAUGGAAGAGGAUCUGAUGAAGUGUUUGGCCCCAUUCUACUUAGGAGAAUUCAGCAUGCCUGGGAAGGAUCUGUUUAAAAAGGGCAUAAACAGGAACGGAGACAUUUUGAUCCCAAAUGACAACUAUUCUUUAUUUGAGGCCUGGAUGAUGCCGAUACUGAAGCAGAUGUUGUGGGAACAGAACAACAAGUGUGUUUGUGCAAACACUUAA